AUGGCGAGCUAUUCCUCCGUCGCGCCCGCGCGGGGGGUCAACCUAGGCUCGAAGAGCUGCGCGACGAGCGGCGGGAAAACCGUGAUGAAGUUCACGCGAGGCGUGGGCGACGGAGGGUCCGUUCCCGUGCGCGUGAAGGGCAUUAAUAAGAUCAUCUGGGGUUACUCCACCAACGGCGGCAAGUCCGUGGCGUAUCACGGCUCCAACAUCGGCAGCACGCAGGUGAACUUCGCGUGCAACGGCGCGUCGCCCGGCAAGCCGUCCCCCAGCCCGCCGGGCAAGAAAGCCACCGCCCGUGCCCGUGGUGCCGCCCUCCCAGCGCUCCAAGCUCUGUCCCUGCCCGCUGGUGCUCUGGCGGCAGGGGAACCCGAAGGUGGUGUGCAUUCCGUCCUCUAUGCCCUGCUGGUGCACUGGCGGCAGGUGAACAAGAACGUCAUCGAGCUGGCAAUGGAGGCCAAGCCGGGCAGCGGCGCCAACAACGGCUGGCUCUCGCUCGCCUGGUCCAGCAAACGGCAAGAUGGCGCCGGCUGA